AUUUCAGCGAUGCACUAUUGUCUUCUAAACACCAUGCAACAUCUAAAAACAUAAUCGAUACACAAACCCAAAAAUGUUUUUGUCCAGUAUAUAAAAGUCACAAUAUAUUCAUCCCGGACAUUUUAAGUGAUAAUGAUUCAACAUUCGAGAGGCUUGUUGUAUACUUUUAUAGAGGUCGAGAUGGUAAUAUUAUAAUGUAUGUACCCAGUAUAGAAACACAAAGAUCUAUACCAGAAAUACCUCUCGAAUCCAAAGAUGACUUACAAGUUAUUAGUUCUGAGACUAUUGCUCAAAUAUUCGAACGUAACCCUCACAUUAUCAGUAUAGAAAAAAUGAAAUCACUAUAUUACGAUUACAUAAUUAAACCUAGUAAUUAUGUUAAUAAUAAGGGGCCUAUUGGCGUUAAUAUUGGAAAUAUUCAGAAAAAAAUAUUGAAACCAGGGAAAAUAACGAAUGAAAAACACACUAUUAGUCACCAUAACUUAGAAACAGAAAAUACAAAUUCACAAUUAAAUAUAGAAUCUUUAUAUAAUAAACCGAAACAUGAUUCAACAAAAGUGACUUCAAAUGUAAAAGAAUACUACCAUCAACCAUCAUCGUAUGGCAAUAAUGUUCCUCCAAUUACUAAUGAUAACACUCUUCAUAAUCAACACAUAAAAGAUCAAGAAACUAAUUCCUAUCCAGGGUUUCAUGUAAAACCGAAUGUUAAUCUUAGGCCAGAUCGAGAAACUGACUUAAUACACCAUACUAAUAUUGCUGAAAACAAUAAUAAUGAUAACUAUGACAUAUAUGAUGAGUCACAAUAUAAUGAAUAUGGUUAUCAAACAUUUAAUACGUGGUUCGACGAACAAGUGAAAAUUUUACCAGAAUUAAAAGAAACAGGAUACAGUGAUAUAACAGAUAUUUAUGUAUUGAAAAAACAAAUAAUUAAAAUUAUUGAACAAAAUGGUAUGAUCAUUGGAAGAGAUAAUCUAGUACGAGAUCUUAGUGGAUCAUAUGUUGACAUGAGAAAUAUGAAACUUCGUCGAAUUGUUAUCGAGGAAAAAUUUGUGAAUAAUUACAAUGAUCCACCACUAAGUUUAGAUGGUGUAAUGAUUACACUCGUGUAUCCCCCAAAAAUAUUAGGUGUGAUUCCUUUGAGGAGAAUAUACUUCUCUGAAGAAGUUGCCCAAAUUACACAGCCUCUUCAUGAACCACAAAUACAUCAAUCAUUAAAGCCAGUUGAACCAUCACAAUUAGUUCAAUCAACAGCAACAAAAUCAAUUCAAACAUCUGUGGAACCAUCACAACCACUGGAACACACUAAAAUCGUUUUAAAUGAAAUACCAGAUAAAUGUGCAGGAUCUGUUUGCAAAAAACAACUACCUGCAGGGGGAAUUAUUACAGAGAAAACUAAAUCAACAACUGUAGUCGAUACACAUACUAGCAGUCAAAAUACAAAUAAUGACGAUGAAAUUGCAAAACUAUUAAGAUUGCAAACCGGAAGGAAUUAUAACACGGAUUUACAAAUGAGGAAACAGUCUAAGAAUGACGAUUCUCCACUAAAAUAUGUAACAAAUAUUUUAGACACGUAUAAAUUUACUCCGUUGGAUCAAUUGUCUAAAUUGGUGAAAAAUUUUAUUACUCCUCUAACCAAUUCUAUAGGCCAAUCUACUGAACCUAAAAAAGAAGCUCAUAAGAAAAGUGAAGAAGAUCUUGGUUUUAGAAUCAUCGGUGGAAAUGCUGCAACAGCUAGUGGGGCGCCAUUAAAUAUGAGAGGCAGAUCUGGAUUAUCUGAUAUCUAUUAGGGCAAUAAAAUUUCUUAGUUCUUUUAAAUAUACCUACUUACUCAAGAUUAUAUCCUAUUUUGUUUACAUUUUCUGGUAAUUCCAAAUAGAAAGCAUAAUUUAUAAUUUUGUUAUCGACUACUUGGCUACGAAAUGGACUUGAUCAUGUAUUUUUAAUUAAUAAAAACAUUAAUAUGAGCAUUGAAAUAAA